UCCUUGGCGAUUUCCACUGUUUGCGCAGGGCGCAUGUCAUCGUGUAACGACGUUUUGGUUACAUUUUUUUUCACUUUUGUUGUCAUUAUUUUUGUUAAACGAUGCAUAUAAAAAUUCGUUUUAGAAGAGUUAUAAUGUCCAGUAUAUAUCGCUCCUUUUUGACUGUUUUUUAGUGGAAUAUCCAAGCUGUUUUUGGCAACAGAAUGUCAACAAAUACAGGAUCACAAAAUGCCAUUAAUAAUCAAGACAAUCCAAACUCUGGAGUUCAUUCAAAUAAAAGUACGCCAGCCCAUCCUAAAAGUGAAGACAGAAAAUCGAGAAUCUUACUUAAUAUUUUGCCCAAAUUACCUUCAACAGAUUCCUUAAGUAAUAGUCCCGGACCCGGCAGUCCCGGUAUUUCAAAUAUAGAUAGGUUAGAAGCUGCAUCUACGAUUGAAGGACUUCACACUCCUGAAUCAAGCACAAAGCUUAUGAGAAAGGAAUCAUAUAAGGCACAGAGGAAAAAUUACCGUAAAGAGAAGAAGCGAGUUACAAAUGAAUUAUUAAAUUCGUUAAAAGAUCCUUCAGUAGUUGUAUUAGCUGACUGGUUAAAAAUUAGAGGUACUCUAAAAUCAUGGACCAAACUAUGGUGUGUUUUGAAGCCUGGUUUAUUGGUUUUGUACAAGAGUCCAAAAGCUAAAAGUAGUCAUUGGGUAGGGACUGUACUUUUAAAUGCAUGCAAGGUUAUUGAAAGGCCUAGUAAAAAGGACGGGUUUUGUUUUAAAUUGUAUAAUCCACUAGACCAAACAAUUUGGGCUCCAAGAGGACCAGAAAAUGAAGCAAUUGGAGCGGUUGUACAGCCCCUUCCAGGUUCCUAUUUAAUAUUUAGAGCUCCUAGUCAAGCUUCUGGUAUGUGUUGGCUUGAUGCAUUAGAAAUUUCAAUAAGAAAUGAUGGUGCUUUAUUGAGAUCAGUCAGUAACAAAUCUUCAGGUAGUACAACUCAUGAAACUCAGUGGUCAGACACUGAUUAUGAAAAACAUUUUGUGCAUGAUUUGGACAAUAUUAGUCAAGCGGAUAAUGGUGCUCAGUUGAGUACUGGAGAAGCAGACUUAUCAGACACAGAUUCUGAAGCAUCACAAAAGGAAGAAAAUUUUGAACAAGAACCCCUUGAAACUCCUUAUGUUCCCAAUGCAGAAGAAGAGUUUGGUGAUGUUGGAGCUCAGGUGGAAGAAUUAGCUGAAGAACACAAAUCGCUUAUUUGGUUUCUUGUAAAGCAGGUUCGCCCCGGUAUGGAUUUGAGCAAGGUUGUCUUGCCAACUUUUAUUCUUGAACCUAGAUCCUUUCUUGACAAGCUCUCUGAUUCUUAUUAUCAUGUAGAUAUUUUGUCUCAAGCUGUUCUUGAAGAUGAUGCCUUUACUCGAAUGAAACAAGUGGUAAAAUGGUAUUUGUCAGGACUUUAUAAGAAGCCAAAGGGGUUGAAGAAACCAUACAAUCCUAUUCUUGGAGAAACUUUCAGAUGUUGCUGGCAGCAUCCCAAUGGUUCCAAAACGUUCUAUCUUGCAGAGCAAGUGUCACAUCAUCCUCCUGUUUCAGCUUUUUAUGUGACUAAUCGCCAAGAUGGUUUUGCAAUCAGCGCUAGCAUUUUAGCUAGAUCAAAAUUCUAUGGUAACUCUACUUCUGCAAUCUUAGAUGGGACUGCGGUUUUAACAUUACUUCCCAGAGGCGAAGAUUACAAGCUUACAGUCCCUUAUGCUCAUUGUAAAGGCAUUUUAAUGGGCACACUCACAAUGGAGUUGGGUGGAAAAGUUUCAAUUGACUGUGAGAAAACAGGGUACUACACUGAAAUCGAAUUUAAAUUAAAGCCAUUUUUGGGUGGGUCAGAGCAAACAAAUUGCAUUGUAGGCCGUUUAAAACUAGGCAAAGAGACAUUGGCUUCUAUAGAAGGCUAUUGGGAUGGAACAAUUAAUCUUAAAGACAAAAGGACCGGGGAGAUACAGACAUUGUUCGCGUCCACAGCAACUGUAAGAAAACAGAGACUGACAAGGUAUACUGUACCCUUAGACAAUCAGGGCGAAAAUGAGUCAGAAAAAUUAUGGCAACACGUUUCAGCCGCCAUUAGAAGAGAUGAUAUGAACGCAGCUACUGAGGAAAAAACCAUCCUGGAAGAAGCUCAAAGAGCUAGAUCAAAGGAACGUAAAGCAAAAUGCGAAGACUGGUUUCCUGUGCACUUCCAGCAGGAUUUUAAGUCAGGCCAGUGGGUUUAUAAGCAUUCUGAUUUGAGGCCUUGGGAUCCAAGAAAUGAUCUGUACCAAUACGAAUACGAAUAUAAAAUACUGACAAGGACAAAACAUCCUACUCCAAUGAUUAAAACGGCCAGUAUCAUCAGCGUCGAUCCACAACAGGUUGGAGAAUCUCGAUCAUCGGCGAAAGUUACAAAGAGAAAAAUUGCUACUAAGCAAAUUUCUUCUGAUGUCGACGUCAACGAUACUUCUUCAGAUGAAUUUCAUUCAGAUUCAUCUCAUGACGCAAAAAAAUCCUUAAACGCCGUUCCAUCUAAAUCCAAUAUAAAAUUAAAACUAGACAGUCUGGACAGACGCUUACAGGACUUAGAUGAGAAAGUGAAUCAAGUACAAAAAAACGUGAGUCACAUGAUAGAUGUGAACAAGAAAACCAGCGACAGUUCAUUAAACAUAAAGACUUUAUUUAUUUUUGUCUUUGUGUGGGGAUUAUUUGAAUCAGUCCUCUUUUUUACUUUUAAGAAAUAAUGCGUGCAAUCGAAUGUGAUGGAAUUAAGAAAAUGAGUUCGGCUUUUAAAGUCACUAUUUCUUCUUUAUAUUGUUUUUUAAUUAAAUGUUUGGUAUAUGUAAAUAUUUACUUUAGAUAAGUUGUUUUAAAAAAUAAUUUAUCGUAUAGUCGUACUGGGUGUUAUUUUAUAUGUUUAGUAUAAUUAAAAAUAUGGUGAGAUUUAAAAAAGCAAUGAAUUUUAAAUAUCAUUUAAAAUACCAAAGAAAUUAUUAGUUUAAUUUUUUGGUUUAUAAGAGUAAAUUAAAUGUCUAAGUAUAAGAGUAGGUACAAUUUUUAUGAGCGUAAGGUGUUUUAUCAACGAAUUUUAAGGAACUAGAUGGAAUUUUGCAACAUGAUAAUCAUUUAAGCAAUUUUGCAUAUUCGAAAGUAUUUCUAUUUCAACACCCAGUAUUCAGAAACUUGCCGUUAUACAAAUACUCGCGUCUAAAUAGAAAAGCUUUAUUUUUUAUAUAAAUAUUAAUUAUUUUUGUAUAAUUGUCUGAUCGCCCAUUUUAUUUUUUUAUAUUUACAAGAUAAUUUUAUCUUUUUUUCUAAAUAGGUAUCAAUUUUGUCCUAAUUUUUCUAAUGGUCUGUGUCCUAUGCAUUUCGAAAAUAUUUUCUUAUUAUGUAUUUAGAAUUAAUAUAUAAUUAAAUAUAAUCCUACUAAUAGAUAUAGCGAGGAGUAUAGAAUAGGUAAAAGACAGGUUCUUAUAUAUUAAUAAGAAAGGUAUAUUAAUUAAGAACUUACCUUUUUCCCAGAUAACUACACCUAUUAUAAUACAAAUUAAUUUGUUCCCAUUUCUUUAGCUAGAAGUUACAUACCAGUAGAAAACAAUUUUUCAUAGAAUUUUUUAAUAAUCACAUUUAAUGGCUUAUAUUGCACUUCGAAGACAUGCUUUAUUACAGUCAGUAAUAUAUUUAAUAUAAGUCCAAUUUAUUUAUUAAUCUAAGAAGUAAUUGUAUUUAAUUUUAUUUUAAUAAAAAUGUUUCCGCCUUA